AUGGCCAUAGCAGCCAGCUGUAAGUUGCUGAUCCAAAGUGGCCCUGGCAAAGGAGAACUUGGGGAGCCUGGGGCAACGCCAAAGAUAGGAAGUGAGACCUCUGUCUCUAUCUGUGCCCCUAACGGGAUCUCACUGUCACGAGACUGGAAAUACCUUCCGUGCCGUUUAGCAGCAGCUAUGGGAAAGGACACUGCAGACUGCGUAGAGAUUCAGAAACCUGACGUGGGGGUGUUUCCACCAUUGAUGGAGGUUUGGAGCACAUGGUAUCAAGGCACAAAAGCUAGACUAUUCCCAAAUUGGAGGGACAGAAUUGGUGUCUAUCCUGAUUAUACGUCAUGUCUCCUGGACUCUUCACAGAGGUUAAAAGGAAACUUCAGCAGAACAGAAGAGACAGGAGCAGAGGAAGGACUGCUACCUGUGCACCUCUUUGAGCUAAGGGAACGAAUGACAGCGAGACCUGCUGAAGGGUUCCUGAAGGAAGGUGCUAAAAGUGAUGCUGAGAGCCCAGAAACACAGGUCCAAAGAAAGGAGUGUUGUGCAUCCCUGAAACUGAAGGGAGAGACUACAGACCAGGGAGAUUUUAUGUCGAGUUUAUUUGGACUUAAUAAAGUGAACCCCAUUUCAUUCUGA